AUGACGAGUCGGAACGGGACUCAUUCCGGUUCUGCUGGUCGCUGGUUCAGAAUCACGUUCUGUGGUUCUGCUCCGGUUCCUCAGAGCAGGGGGUUCUUUUCGGUUGAAGACAUCGAGGCAUUUGUUCUGAUUCGUAUCGCCAGGGCCGAGGCCAUCGCCGCACGCUACUCCUACAUCACCAUCUGCGUGCUGAGGACGGAGGAGGAUUUGGGCUUCUAUGAUAAUGCCAUUAACAGCUUGGACGCGGCUAAGGAGUCGGUGGUGACGUUCGGGCCGUGGAAGGCCGCCCUGUUGGUCGAAGAUCUGCUGGACUGUGUAAAGAUGGACAUCGAGAGCCAGGGCUACAGGGUGAGCAUCCAGCCUCACGCCGUGCAGCACAGCUUCCUGUCCAGGAGCUACAGGAACUACUUUCAUCAACUCACAUUCACCUGGUGGUGAUGAGACGGCUGAACAAAACUGGAAACCGUGCAUACUCUUUCUUUAAAAAAAUUACAGACUGCACUUUGUUAUGUUUUUGUUAUAGAGCCACACUAAAGCAACGGCUCAGUAAAGCAUCGGUAUAUCAUUAAUUUCAAAGGUACUGACUUCCUGAAAGAUGGAGAAAAAAAGAGGGCUUGUAGCUUCUGCUUGUGAUGAGUGAAGUGCAUCUUUCCUAGUAGCCAGCAGGGGGCGACUUCUCAGGUUUCAGAAGUCCAGCUGACCUCAGGGGACACUUCAGUGAUGAGUUUGGGGUCUUACUCUCUAGCUUUCAGUCUUGUUUACUAGGACAUGAUGAUAUGUUUUAAUCAUUGUCUCUGUUAGUGUCAGCCUUGUGAUUCUCAUCUGCCGUGUUUGUCAGUCAGAGCCACGCCUCACCGUUUUUUCCUUUUCAAACUUGAUAUUUUUAUUUAAACAAUAAAUGUUCAGCUCAAGGCUUCACAGCAGGACCUGAAUAAUCAGUGGGUGAUGUUGCAUUAUGGCUAUGUUAAUGUUUCAUGUACAGUCUGUGGGUUUAAGCGCCUGCUGCCAAGCAAAGAUUUCUAUCUUUUAAUUCAUUUCAGCUGCUUAUAAAUAUAAAUGUUGGUUCAUAUUCAGUGUUGUGUUGAACAAACACUAUCUACUCUAUUAUUAAAUCUUCUUGUCCACCCGCAGGUCUCAGUAGUAACUUGUUUAAUUAGACGCCA